AUGCCAGAGGGCGGCUGUGGCGACGGUGGGGAGGUGCCUGCGCUCAUCCCGGACGGCGAGCCGCUUCGGGAGGAGCAGCGGCCCCUGAAGCAGUCCUUUGGAAGCUCCCUGUGCCGGGAGUCGCACUGGAAGUGCCUGCUCCUCACACUGCUCAUCCAUGCCUGCGGGGCUGUGGUGGCUUGGUGUCGCCUCGCCACCGUGCCACGUCUCGUCCUGGGGCCCGAGGCAGCCUUGGCACGUGGGGCAGGGGGUCCUCCACCCACCUACCCGGCCAGCCCCUGCUCGGAUGGCUACUUGUACAUCCCACUGGCCUUUGUCUCCCUCCUCUACCUCCUCUACCUGGCUGAGUGCUGGCACUGUCACGUGCGGUCAUGCCAGGCACCUCGCACGGACGCCAACACCGUGCUUGCUCUGAUCCACCGGCUACAGCAGGCCCCGCCCUGCGUCUGGUGGAAGGCCACCAGCUACCACUACGUGCGGCGCACACGCCAGAUCACCCGCUACCGCAACGGCGAUGCCUACACCACCACGCAGGUCUACCACGAGAGGGCCGACAGUCGCACUGCACGCGGCGAGUUUGACUACUCUGCCCAUGGGGUCCGCGACGUUUCCAAGGAGCUGGUGGGCCUGGCCGAUCAUGCGGCCACACGCCUCCGCUUCACCAAGUGCUUCAGCUUCGGCAGCGCUGAGGCCGAGGCCUCGUACCUCACGCAGCGCGCGCGCUUCUUCAGCGCCAAUGAGGGCCUGGACGACUACCUGGAGGCCCGCGAGGGCAUGCACCUGAAGGAUGUGGACUUCCGGGAGUCCCUCAUGGUCUUCGCAGACCCCCGCAGCCCGCCCUGGUAUGCGCGCGCCUGGGUCUUUUGGCUGGUGUCGGCAGCCACGCUGUCCUGGCCACUGCGCGUGGUGGCGGCCUAUGGCACCGCUCACGUGCACUACCAGGUGGAGAAGCUGUUCGGCGCCAGCUCGCCCCCUCCGGGGGCCGUGCCCAGCGGGCCGCCUCUCUCCCGUGUGGCCACGGUGGACUUCACCGAGCUUGAGUGGCACAUCUGCUCCAAUCGACAGCUGGUGCCCAGUUACUCAGAGGCUGUGGUCAUGGGCGCCGGUUCCGGCGCCUACCUGCGCGGCUGCCAGCGCUGUCGCCGCUCUGUCAGCAGCAACUCGCUGCCCCCUGCCCGGCCCAGUGGGCCCCGCCUGCCCUUCAGCCGCAGCCGCCUUUCCCUGGGUGCAGGAGGCCGGGCCACGCCUGGGGUUUUCCGCAGCCUGAGCGGGGGGCCACUAGGGCGCCGUGGAGAGGACACGGAGCCCCUGGAAAGCCCACCGUGCUAUGAGGAUGCCCUUUACUUCCCGGUGCUCAUUGUCCAUGGGGACAGUGGCUGCCGGGGGGAUGGGCAGGGUGCACUCUGAGAGCCCCAGAGCCACCCCUCACCAUGGGCAGAGAUACCUGAAUAAUUGUCCAAAACACGAGGGAGAACAGACCAGCCACACAUCAGGGGUGGGGGCGGGGCCGGGGUUCCCUAAACUAAAACGCAGUGACCUGUGUCAUUCAUGGGA